AUGGAUCAGAAGACUGAAAAGGCACUACUCGAAUAAUAGAAUGAAUUACUCGAGUUAUAGUUAUAAGAAUUAAGGGAGAGAGAGGAUGGAUACAAAAUGUUUAAUGAAACAAUUCUAAAUGCCUAUAAUUCAAUGCAAAACGAUGUUAAUAAAUAGAAUAGUUUAGUGUAUAAACAGUUAUAGUAGACUUUGGAAUAAUAUUCUUAGGAGCUGAUAGAAUCUAAAAAUAGGAACACUACGGUUCUAACCUAACUGGAAAAGGAGAAUCGAUACUUAAAAAACUAUUUGGAAUAGUUAGAAUUCAAGAUCUAAGAAUAAACUUAAGUGUAGGAAAAUGAACUUUCUGAUUUGGAAUAACAAUUUGAAGCUCUGCAAUAACAGUAAGAAAGUACAAUUGUUGUUAAGCCUAAGAAAAAGAGAACACAAUAGGAUAAGGAAAAUAAUAAACCUGAAUAAGGAGGUGGAGGAUGCAUUGUGUCUCUUAAGCCUAAAAAUGAUGAAAUUAAAAAGAAGGAGUUGUGCAUCAGCAAUGUGUUAAAUUGUAGGGAUUCCAAUGUGAUGGAGAUUUCUCAUUUGGAUUGGUUGGAUUCAAAUUCUCCCACUGGAUUAUUCAAACAAUUUCAACUACACCAAAGAGGAAGGGAUCGCUCUGAUCAUUCUUAAAGGACGCAGCAACCUCAAUUAUCUAAGAGAAUCUUCAGGGAUUAAGGAAGGAGUGAGGAUAGUGUGAGUCCUCAAUGUAUGAGGAAUGUGACUCCUAAAAAUAAUUAUAUUACUCCAGAGUCGAAAUAGUUAAAAUAUGAUGUGCAAUAGGGCUUGAUAAACAAGGCUGAACCCAAUCCAUAAAAGGCUGAGAAGAGGUCUUUGGCUGAAUUUACUAAACAAAUUAAUUCUGUUAGAUCAACUGAGAAUUUUCAAAUGAUGCUCAGAUAGAGUUCUAUGGUUUGA